CAAAUCAAAAUGGCAGCCCGCUUCUUUGUAAUCUUCAGCGCCAUAUUCGUCCUGGUCCAAGGAUCAAAUCUUUUGCCCAUUGAACAGGAAGCGGAGGUGCCAAUCCGCUCUGGUGCUCCUGCGGAAGUCAUUUCGCAAGGACAUCCAUCUGUGUCCCAAUCCGUUGGUUCUACUUACGGUCAAGGCCCACUUCAAGUUCCAAUUGGCGGAGGUCAUUCCGGAGUCGGAUUAGGAUUGGCUGGUGCACGACCCUAUGUGGCUGCACCUCGUCCUGCUGUGUCCUACGCUCGUCCUGCUGGGGCUGCACCUCGUCCUGCUGUGUCCUACGCUCGUCCUGCAGCCGUGGUGGUUCCUGCUUUGGUGGUUGCUCCCAUUCGCCAGCCUCAAGGAGUCCCUGCCCCAACCGUUGUAGGAGCUGGUCACGGAAAUGUGUACCAUGGUCGCCAUCAUGGCUAA